AUGGUCUGGCGGUGCCUUUUGCGGCGGUGUUGGACAAGCCGUCAGGACAGAGACGGCGGUUCAUCGCAUGGCCAAAGGCAAGCAACGCCCAUGAGGACGCCGGGGUCAUGGUUGCUCUGCCAUUUCACAUUUCGCAGUAUCUUGGCGCAAUGUGGGACGAGACCGCUGCUUUACUGGAUGUGGAUGCGUCUUUUUACAGGCAGCUCUUUUGGCGGAUAUGCACGGGCGAGUUUCCGCUGUCGAGUGGGAUUUGUGGAUCUUGUGGAAUUGACUCGCCCGCACACGGGCCACGAGUGUUGUCCGGAAGUUUCCCGCACCACCGCGAGGGUCUUGGCGGAAGACCCCGAGAUGGUAAGACCGCAGUCUGUGGUGCCGCGCGUGGCAAGGAGACUUCUGUUUGGAUUUGGGGUGUCCGAACCAGUGGGCUGCGGAGGAGUGUGGUUCAGCGGGGCCCUUGUCAAGAGCUGUGAAGCCAUUGGUGCAUCCUUCAGCCGUGAGACGACGAGCGCCGCCUUGAAGCACGAUGCGAGUACGAGGAUUGAUGGAGGCCGCGUGUCUCCGAAAGCAUGCAGCUGA